UUCACUAGGCAAAGCAAAAUGCAGGCCGCUUCCCUCCGGCGAGCUCUCCAUCCGCGGCGACCGGGAGCCGCCCAGCUCUUCCCCUUUCCCGUAGGCACCAGGCCCGGGGCCUUCUCCGCGUCCGCCGCGGCAGCGCACUCUCCCAAAGACGCUCGUAAUGCGCCGCCGCCGAUUAUGCCGACGCGGCCGUGGGGGGAGGCGCUCGCGGCCGCGCAGCGCGCCUUCUGCCUGCCGCUCGCGGGGCGCGUCCUCGCUGCCUCGGCGACCGGGAACGCGGCCGUGGCCCCCGUUGCGGUCCACGCCUCGCUCGCCCUGGCCGCCGCCGGCGCGCGCGGCGACACGCGGCGGCAGGUCCUCCAGGUGCUGGGCGGCGGCGGCGGGGGAAAGGGCGCCGCGGCUGACGCGGCCAACGUGGCGUCGCGGGUGGUCAAGCGGGUGCUCAAGGACCGGUCCACGUCCGGCGGGCCACGGCUGGCCUUCGCGGGAGGAAUAUGGGCCGACACCUCGACGAACCUGUCGCCGGGGUUCGUGGAGGCCGCCCGCAGUGUGUACAGCUCCACGGCGAGGACGGCUGACUUCAAUAACAAGCCUGAAGAUGCUGCUAAGCAAAUUAACAUGUGGGUCAAAGAAUCCACAAAAGGCACUGCUACCUCGCUUCUUCUGGAUGGAUUAAUUGACCAGAAUACAGGACUUGUUAUUGGCAGUGCACUGUAUUUUAGGGGAAGAUGGCUUGAUCGGGCUGAUAUUAGGAGUACUGCAGUGCAAAAGUUCUGCUGUCUGGAUGGAACUUGUGUUGAGGUCCCUUUUGUAGAAUAUGAUAGAACUCGACCUUUCGCAGUUCAUGAUGGAUUUAAAGUGAUCAAGCUUCCUUAUCAGCAAGGAAAGAAUGAACGGAAGUUCUCCAUGUACAUCUUCCUACCUGAUGCUCAUGAUGGCUUGUUUGAAUUAACGAAGAAAAUUUUUGCGGAACCAUCAUUCUUAGAACAUCAUUUGCCAACUGAGAAGCGACAUGUGGAUAUCAGGGUUCCCAAGUUCACAGUAUCGUUCCAGGUUGAUAUGAAGGAAUUUCUGAAAGAAAUGGGCCUUGAACUACCCUUCCUCCGUGAUGCAGAUUUCACUGAUAUGGUCAAGGAAGAUGAAUCCAGAAGUCCAUUGUAUCUAUCUGACAUACUUCAUAAAGCAAUUUUGGAGGUUAAUGAUAAUGGGAUAAAAGAUACUUCUGUGACAAUGGGCAUAGGCAAGCCCCGACCAGGAGAGCACUUUGUUGCUGACCACCCUUUCUUCUUUGUCAUUAAGGAGGAGGUGUCUGGCUCAGUAAUCUUCAUGGGGCAUAUAUUGGACCCUUCAUCACAAUCUUAACUUCAGUCUCUGUUUUUUUGUCAGCUAUUACAGGUUAGAUCGUCUUCAAUGGUAGCCUGCAAGGUGUAUUGCUAGCUGGGAACACUGGUGACCUAACAUUCAACUAAAGGAUAAGAAUUUCUUUGGCACCAGCAAAGCGAGGAAAAGGUAUUGCCAUCUCACCACUUGAAAUUAUACCUGUGCCCAGAAACACUAAGAAUGGUAAUGAUUGGUAUGCUCAUUGUGAGCAGAGUGGCCUGACCCUGCUGACCAAAUAAGACAAUAGAGUUAACAAAUAUUACAAAGUCUAAUGGUGUGGAGAUAUCCUUGAACUGAGGAGUGAAGAAAACAGAGGAAUGGUGUGGUGCUCUUUUGUUGAUGGCUUCAUGCCCCUCUUUGUGCGUGGUGUGCUAGGAAAGAUCUGUAAUAUUGCAACUUUGUGCUGACAGUUUAAUGAGGGAUCAUGAUCAACCAUUUUUUGGUGUUGGUGCGCCUUUUA